AUGGAAUUUCUUGCGGAGCGGAAGACGGCGACGAAAGUUUCGAAGAAACCGCAUAGGAAAUCCAAGCUUGGGUGCCAUACUUGCAAGAGGCGUAAGAUCAAGUGUGAUGAACUGAAGCCAGCAUGUCAAAAUUGCGUGCGUCACUUGGUGAUGUGCGACUUCCUGCAAAGCCGCUCGACAGCGAUAUCGUUGCGCAGCAUGCAUAUCACCUUACAAACAUCCCUUUACGCCAGAAACGCAGAAGACGCAGCGGCGGCUAUGAGACCGGCGGCGGCUAUCGACCAAGCCCUCAACUUUGUCGACUUGGAGCUUAUCCAUAACUUCACUACCUCCGUGUACAUGACACUCUCAACAGAUAACCUCGUUCGCCAGAUGUGGCGAGUCUCUGUAGUGCGCAUGGCGCUGAAAUGCGAAUACGUAAUGCGAACCUUGCUCUCCAUAUCCGCUCUCCAUCUGGCCCAUCAACGGCCGGAACGCAAAGAGUCACUGGUGGCCAAGGCCUUACUCUAUCACCGAUCAGCUUCUAGGGAAGCAAUGGAGUUGAUGAGUACUCUUGACGAACGAAAUGCCGAAAACUUGUUCUUGUUUUCGCUUCUCACAAUCUUCUUCGCUCUUGCAUCGGGACGUUACCUGAAAGAAUCAGUCGUCGUCUGGGAGUCGGCAUUUCCGGACUGGACCUUCCUUCUAUCCGGAGCUUGUUCUCUCAUCAAACUCCUCAACUCCAAGAACUAUGAGGGUCCGUUAACUCCUCUAUUGACAUACGCAAAGGAGCGGUUCUUCACAGCCCGUGACGAUUCACGAGCUCGACCAGCCUCCUUGGAAAGUCUGCGAAGACGCGUCAGUGACAGUAAUAUUGACAAAGACCUGCUGCGCAUCCAUAAUCUGGCAAUUGACGAAUUGGGGUUCCCUCUUGCCCUUGCUUUGCAUGAUGGAGGCCGUGGUAUGGACAUUAUGGACAUGUUCAUCUGGAAGUAUUUUGUCUCGGACGAGUUCUUACCUUUGCUUAAAGAACCGAGGGCGAAUCAAGCGGCCAUUGUUAUUUAUGCCCAUUUCUGCGUCGUGCUGAAGAAAUUAGAAAGCCAAUGGUGGCUUCAGGGCUGGUCGAUUCAUCUUAUAUCACAGGCGUGGGAGUUGCUGGACGAGAGCCACAAGCCGUGGAUUCAGUGGCCGAUGGAGGAGCUCGGAUGGGUGCCUCCAAGCUACUAG